GCCACGUGAGGAAAGCAAAAUGGCCGAUGACCUCCAACGUGUGUUUCUCUGGGGUCUAUCUCGAAGCAUGUCGACGGCCCUGCUGAAGUGUCUAAGCUACGCCGACGGAAUUCAAAUUGUGAACCAGCCCUAUGCAUCUGCCUUCUACGAUGGACCCGAAGCGGUACGGCCAGAGCCCAAUCCUAAUGACAAACUUUUGACCCAAAUUGUAGUAGAAUGUGACAAAAUUGCAAGAGAGAGUGAAACGGCAGAGGUGGAGGGAAUAGCGUCGUCUCUCAUGACAAUGGAGUGGAUCAGGGACAAUCUCUUACAAGCCUCUUAUCCCGACAGGAAGCUUCUGCUUUGUCGAGAUCAAGCUCAUUACCUGAAUGGCCGAUAUGACAUGCUGCCUCACGGUUUCAAGUAUAGCUUUCUCAUUCGGCAUCCCUACAAAGUAUUCCGUUCUUUGAGGAAGCUUCUCACCGAUACUUGGGGUGAUUUUCCCGAUAUGCGCUCUUUGCCUUCGCUGGCGUUUCCUCCGGGAGGCGGCUUUAAAGAGCUCUUCGAGUUGGUACAGUACGUCAAGGAGAACUUCGACCCUCGUCCCACCAUCAUUGACGCCGACGAUCUGCUGCAGGAUCCAGCGGGGAUCCUGUCCAUUUACUGUGCCAGGAUGGGUAUCCCGUACACCAGCAAGCUGUUAUCUUGGAAGGCGGGUCAUGAAAUCACCAGCACAUGGCUAAUGAGUAAAGGCGUCUCGGUGGCCAACAAAUGCCAAGGCUUUUACAGGCGUGCCUUCGAGAGCGAGCGGUUUGGGAAGCCUACCCCUAUGCCAGACCCAGCAAGUCUCCCGGAAGAUGUGCGGGCAUGUGCUGAAAUGAGCAUGGAGUAUUAUGAAAGCCUGCAUCGCGAGAGAGUCAUAGCAUCCGUAUAGAGAGAAGGUCGACCCAUGAUAUGGAAUCCCGGCGGCCCGAUUGAUGCCUCACAAUUUCGAGAAGCAAUGUAACAGUUGACCACACCGAUUUCUGUAACUUUGUUGAUACCAAAUAGCAAGAAAUGUCAAUUGUGCCAACAGGGACGACUACGUGUGGUAAUUUGUAGUUGUCAGCUCUCAAAGGAUAACUACGACAUAAAAAGGAGUAGUUGUUGAUAUUCUUUGCCUUAUGCGUCUGAACAAAAAAAAAUUCUUUAAGUACCAAACUUUCAUGUUUGUUCUCGUCCAUUAUCAGGGGCUAAUGGCA